AGAUCAUACGUAAUUGAGCUAUCAAUCAUGUAUUUAGAGAUUAUCAGACGAUAUUUUCAAUUUACUAAACGUCCAUUUUUAGUUGAAUUUGUUGUGCAUGUGAUAGAAUAAAAUCAUGCAUUUAAAUAAUGUCCGUAUUCAGUGAUACAUGUAUAGUAUUUGGAGCCAUUUUCGGUGUUAUCAGUGUAUAUCUAACACCAUAUCGAAUUGGAAGUGUAUCAACUCAUAAUAAAAGAAAAAGUAUGAUCAAAAUGGAAAUUUCAAAACUUUUGAAGGCAGAUAAGUGGACAAUUAUUCUUCCAAAAGAAAAAAUUUCAGAAGCACUACCUGAUUUUUGUGAUGCUAGAAAUCAAUUUACGACAAUCAACAGUAAUACUUCAUUCGAAUCAUUGGAAUUUAAUGGUAUUCAAGACGACUGUACAGAGUAUAAAGAUAUUCCUGAUAUAUUUUUGUCGGCAUCCAAGUGCAAGAAAAAGAGGAAGAAAAAGAAACGACGAAAAUUUUACAAAGGGAUUAGCUGUUUAGGCGUCCCCAAGGAUGAUAAAUAUUUAAUAAAUCUUCCAAGGCAGUCGACGCUUAUUAAUUCGAAAAGUAAAAAAAAUUCAAAAUGUGUUAUAUUAGGUGAAGAUACCUUAAAUGAAUUGGAAACCUUUGCAGCUGAUUCUGGAUAUAGUGUCAUAACAAUUCAAAAUGAUAAUAUUGAAUUUAGCUUUAAAAAGUCUAAGAGUCCCAUAAAUCGACUAUUUCAUGAAGUGAAAAGAUUUUUAGGAUUGAAAAAAAAAAAUAAUAAAGAGAAUAAUAAUUUUUCGACAUAA